CUACACCAACAACAACAACUACACCAACAACAACUGCACCAACAACAACUACACCGACAACAACAACUACGCCGACAACAACAACUGCUAAACCAACAAUAACUACACCACCAACAACAACAACUACACAGACAACAACAAUUACGCCGACAACAACAACAUCACCACCGACAACAACUACACCAACAACAAUAACCACUCCAACAACAACCAACACUGCAACAAUAAUGAAUACAACUACACCGGAUAUUACCACCACUCCAAUGUCUACCAUCCGUUCGACUGUUUCCUCAAAAGACACUACACCUACCACACUCCAGUCAGCUAUUGCGGCUGUACCAUCAACAAAAGAACCAACAACAUCUCAACCUAAUUAUACAUCUUUCGACAAAGAAAACAGUCGGGUCGCCGUAGUGUUCACCAUCAAGUUCAACAAAGAUUUUAACCCCUCGCUUGUCUCCCCUGAAACAACUAUCUAUAUGGACACAGUGCGACACUACACGGCUGUGCUGACUCCAGUGUACAAAGAUGUUUUAAACUUUGACAAAAUUGUGAUCACGAAUUUCUGGCCGGGAAGUAUCGGCAUCGACUACCAGGUACACCUGAAAGCCUUCAGUCACCAACAGCCAGUUGACGUCAUCAAGGUCAGCCAACAACUAGCAGACACCAAACAACGUCUGCUUGAUUUGGACAACGUGGACAAAACCUACGUCAACAGCACCUUCAACCAAAAUCUGGAUGAUUCCUUGCACGUGCUGGAGGAGUUUUCCCGUGACGUGUGUAGGAGUAAGCACAUCUGUAAUGACACGUACGUGUGUAACUCAACCAGCCAGGUGUGUGAUCACAAAUGUUUCAACUUCCGGUGUCCAGUCAACGCCGAGUGUUACGUCACUGACCAGCACAUCCCACAGUGUAGGUGUAGCGAUGGCGCCGAUUGUUCGUCUGCUGGGAGCACAUCCGGUCUGACGACCACACACAUCGUCGCUGUUGGUGCUGGGGUGGGUGGGGCUGUUGUCGUCAUCAUCGUCAUCAUCGCUCUGAUCGUCUGCCUCAAACGACGGCCAUCCCAUAAUUUCACCGUCCAUACCCCACGUGACCAGCGCAGCCAUUACAGUUUGAAGACACGACCGGAAGUCGUCAUGAUGACCUCCUACCAAAGGCCUUCAUCAGAGAUAAUCUACAAGUUGUAGUUGGCCUUUAAAUGUAUCAAUCAACUCCACAAUUUUGGAGAAAAAUUGUGUUGAAAACUGACGAUUUUUGCGUAAAAAACUAGAAAUGGGUUCAUUAAGUGGCAUUUCUUUCAAUGUAAAAUACUCCAUUUUCAUGUUUUCUACACUAUAUUUUAAAUGUAUUUAAUUAAUCUAUAGUUGGUUACACCCCGUCAUAGUAUAUACAUUUGUUUCAUUAUGUAAAUCCCAUGUGUUCCAAUGUUAAAUACUGUUGAAUCGGUUAGCUGUGCACCUAGGUGUCUUUCAGCAAGCUGUGUGCACACUGUGUAGAACCAAAGUAACAUGGCAAUGGUGUGCUGUGUGUUAGAUGAUCUUAUUUAAGUUGAGAUUUUUCAUGAUGUGUAAGAUGGUGUUGUUCCUGUGGAGAUGUUGUGUUGAUGUGUAAGAUGUUGUAUUUUAAUUGAAGAUGUUGUGCUGCUGUAUUAAUGAGUGAUCAACAUUCUGUUCAGUAUGUGGUUGUAGAAGUUAACGAAGCUGGAUUGGAUGAGAAUAUUCUGCCUGAUGAUAAAAGUUUACGUUUGAGUUUGGAUUAGUCGUUACUUAGUUUUCUCUAGAGAUUUUACAAUGUUUAGUUUCAGUUCUAGUCCUGCAGAGUUUCCUUCAGGCAAGAUCAUAUAUAUGGUGCCAAGGUGUGUUUUACCUCACUAUUACAUAAGGUUACUCAUACAGCACGCCAAUGGGCGCUAGGGCGGAAGUGUGGACACCCCCGCUCCCAAUAUCUAAGAUACAAAAGGUUUUGUGUGUGUGACUAGCUUCGAGUGAGAAAGUUAGGAGUUGAGUGAGUAGGUGGG